GUCGUCUUUACUCGCGUGUUCCCUCUAGCGGCCCUUCAAGUCACUGCAGUAGGCGGGGAGCUUAAAGAGAAAACGAAAGUGUCCUGUGGCGCCACAAAACGGGAGUGAUGAAGCUAAAAUGAUCGAGAUUUGAAAAGGCGGGAGAAACAAGACUUGGCAGCGGACACGUCACCUUUACAGGCAUCCAAAAAAAAGGCGUUUCCCCCUCAUGUUCAGGAUUUGACAGCCUGUCCUUUUCACUCAAAAUGGCCGUGGUGAGGCUGUUAGUGCUGUCUUUUCUCCAUGCAUAUGUUCUUGGACUGCAGCCCACCAUCAUUUCACAGCAGGCAUCAAACCCUCCUCAUGGAGAACAAUCUCCUUUCGAGACGGGCAAUCUGUCCUUCCCCUGGAGCCGCCUUCGCCUGCCAAGGUACAUCAUUCCUCUUCACUACCACAUCUUGGUGCACCCAAACCUCACCAGUCUCCGUUUCACCGGCUCUGUCACCAUCCAAAUUGACGUCCAGAACAACACAAAUUGGGUUGUGCUACACAGCAAGGAUCUGCAGAUCUCCAAGGCGACCAUAUUGGAUCAGAACCUUGCUCAUCUGUCUGAGCAGGUGCUGCCGUGUCUGCACAACACUGCCCAUGAGCAGAUAGGCAUUUUCUCUCCCCGGGUGCUCAGCAGCGGGCAGAAAUAUUACCUGUAUAUUGAGUUUGGAGCAGAGUUGGUGGAAGGCUUUCAUGGUUUCUAUAGAAGCACCUAUAGGACCAGUUCAGGAGAGAGGAGAACCUUAGCUUCCACUCACUUUGAACCUACGAGCGCUCGUAUGGCGUUCCCUUGCUUUGACGAGCCGAGCUUCAAAGCCAACUUCUCGGUGCGGAUCAGGAGGAGCCCUGAGUACAUUUCUUUGUCCAACAUGCCGAUAGUCAAGACAGUCGAAGUCGACAGUGGCCUGGUGGAGGACCAGUAUUCUGCAAGCGUCAAGAUGAGCACGUACCUCGUAGCGUUUGUCGUCUGCGAUUUUAAAUCCGUUACUGCAACAACAUCUUCUGGGGUGCAGGUGUCCAUCUAUGCUGAUCCGGAGAAAUGGUCCCAGACUCACUAUGCCUUGGAAGUUGCUGUGAAAAUGCUUGACUUCUAUGAGGAGUAUUUCAACAUAUUUUAUCCCCUACCCAAGCAGGAUCUGAUCGCCAUCCCAGACUUCCAGUCCGGUGCCAUGGAAAACUGGGGCUUGACCACCUACAGAGAGAUCAGCCUGCUUUAUGAUCCUCAUGUGUCGUCUGUUUCUGACAAACUGUGGGUUACCAUGGUGAUUGGGCAUGAGCUUGCCCACCAGUGGUUCGGUAACUUGGUGACCAUGAAGUGGUGGAAUGAUAUCUGGCUGAAUGAAGGGUUUGCCAGAUACAUGGAGUACAUUGCAGUUGAGGCUACUUACCCUGAACUCCAAGUGGAGGAAUAUCUACUGCACACAUGUUUUUCUGCAUUCGCUCAUGAUUCGCUGAACUCUUCUCGGCCCAUAUCCAGUCCAGCAGAGAGCCCUACUCACAUCAACGAGAUGUUUGACACUGUCUCCUAUGACAAAGGAGCAUGUAUCCUGCACAUGCUUCGCCACUUUCUAUCAGAAGAGGUGUUCCAAAGUGGGUUAGUGCGAUACCUCCGCAAAUACAGCUACAGAAAUGCACAAAAUCAAGACCUGUGGGACAGUCUGACCAACACAUGCUCAGAGGAGGAUUUUGUCUCGGGGAAGCACUGUUACAACCGAGAGCAAGCCCAUAAAAACUCCUACCUAUUUGCAGGAGAACACUUAGACUUGACCACCAUGAUGAACACUUGGACUCUGCAGAAAGGUGUCCCUCUGGUGAUCGUGAGAAGGGUCGGGCCGCGUCUGUUUCUCAAACAGGUCCGGUUCCUGAGGACCGCGCUGCCUUCUGACCCGAACUGGUCGACAUUGCAACACGGUUAUUUGUGGCAUAUCCCUCUGACUUACAAGGUUGAUACUUCCAGCACCAUCCAUAAACACCUGAUGACAACACAUACAGACAGCGUCUACGUAGGAGAGGAGGUCAGCUGGGUGAAGGUGAACGCGGACAUGACGGGCUACUAUGUGGUUCAUUAUGAGGAUGGCGGAUGGGAGGCGCUCACAAAGCUGCUGAGGGAAAACCACACUGCUCUGAGCUACAAAGACCGGACUCAUUUGAUCCACAAUGCAUUUCAACUGGUCACGGCAGGUUAUCUUCCACUUAAUAAGGCCUUGGAUUUAAUUGGUUAUCUACAAGUCGAGACACAUACAGUACCUCUUCUGGAAGGACUCGGCUACCUGGAAUUUUUUUAUCGUGUGAAUGAGAAACGGGGUGAUGUGGAACUGCUGCACAAGUUUAGGAUGCAUAUUCUCCACUUUUUCCGCGGAGUCAUCGACCAGCAGACAUGGAGCGACGAGGGCUCCAUGUCGAUGCGGCGUUUGAGGUCAGAGGUGCUGUCCUUGGCAUGCCAUCUGGACGACCCACCAUGUGUGGAAGAGGCACGUCGGCGUUUCAAAGACUGGCUUCAGUCCAAUGGAUCUCUCAAACUCCCCACUGAUGUAACCGAUACAGUGUAUGCAAUUGGUGCUCAGGACAACCAUGGGUGGGCCUCACUCUUGCACGUGUACGAGACCUCGCAGUCGGCAGCACAGAAAAACAAGAUUCUGUUCGCUUUGACUUCCAGCAGAGACACAAGCAAGUUAUACAGACUGUUGGACUUGGGUCUGGAAGGUCUGGUGAUACGAACUCAGGACCUAUCCACGCUCAUCUUGUUGGUGGCCAGAAACCCAAAAGGACACCACAUCGCCUGGCACUUUGUCAAAAAAAACUGGAGCAAGCUGGUUGAAAAACUGCAGUUAAGCUCAACCUCCAUCAGACACAUCCUGGUAGGCACCACAGGAAAGUUUACAUACCCUGAGGAAUACACUGAGGUUAAACUGUUCUUUGAGUCCAUCAGAGAACAGGCAUCUCAACUGAGAGCUCCUCAAAUCGCACUGGACAACAUGCAGAAAAAUAUUCUCUGGAUGCAGAGAAACCUGCAGACGUUAAAAAACUGGCUUAAUGAGAGGACAUAUGGCGGCUGAUUUUUAAGUAUUUUUUUAAAUGGUGUGUUGCGUGUAAAAAAAAAGAAAGGAAAAAAAUCACGGAGGAUCCUUUUUUCACAUGGAAAAAAAAAAGUUCUGUUAAUUUUACCAACUUAUUUGUGAGUAAGUGAGAUAAAAAGAUAAUGUUGCAAAAAAAAAAAAGUUUA